AUGGAAAUAGUAAGCAUAGAGAUUCGUAAUUAUGAAAAAGUGUUAUUAUCACUAACCGUUGGUGCAAGUGUUGGUGUUUGGUGUUAUACAUUCUACCGAAAUCACACGAAAUCGAAAAAUGAAAAACAAACUAGUGAAUCAUAUCAACAAUGUUUCGGAAUUGCAAGAUCACCAAUUUCACCAAGAACAAAAAUGGUUUUGCCGAAAACGGAGUGUUGUUGUAAACAAAUUGAAUCGAAAGAUGAAUGUCAUUUAACAUCAGCUGAAUUGGCUAUAAUUGGAAGUCAAGAAGAGGAAACUGACACUGAAGGAGAAUUCACAUCAAUAACUUCACAAUCAGCAUCACAGAUUUCUGCGUCGAUUAUUAGUUUGGCACUUCCACCACCGACUCCACCAUCAAUUUCUGAAAAAUCAAAGAGAUCUGAAAUUUCGGAAACGAAACCAGAAGAAAAAGAAGAAACUGAAAAAGAGAAGGAAAAGGAAAAGGAAUCAGAAACAGUUACAAAAUAA